AUGAGCGAAAUUAUUAGAUUCAUAACAGAAAAGCUUACAGCGCCCCCAUUUAAUCGCAAUUUUAACUUCAUAACCUUUGAUGGCUUGGAUUCUAGCCUUUUGCUUCAAAUACUUAGUGAUGUCCUCGGAGAACUCGAUCAGAAGUAUAAGCAUAAAAGAGAUAUACGAGAAGAAACGCCAGAACAAACUACAGUACGAAUUUUGGAAGCUCUGCGAAUUCUCAGGUACAAUGUCCCAACAGACCCUGGCGAGUUAACCAAAUUCUGCGAGGGACUUGUGAUCGGUGAUAAGUCAUACAUCUAUCCGAUCUUGGAGUCAUUAUUAAAAAACUUUGAAGAACACAAGAAACGGUCAUACCUUUCCAAAUUCCUUGUGAAAGUUAGGAUUCCAUCAGAAUUCAUGCAUGAUCCUGAAAUAAGCAAGUUGUAUGCGGAGCAUGAGGCUCUAAUAGGAACAUUUAAAAAUGCCCAUAAGCGAUUGGAGUCACUAAAGUCGGAGGGUCUGUCUACAUCAGAGAUCAAAAGUGAUAUUGCAGCUAUGCAAGAGGAAAAGGAUCAAAUAUUACGCAGAAUUAAUCGAAUGAAGAAAAAGUUGGAAAUGUUCCCUACGAGUACACUGAUGUUAGAUAUGGCACGAAAACUACGGUUAGAAAGGGAAAGAGAGAGCAAGAUUGCGCAUCAGAUUCAAGAGCAAAGAACAAUGAUUCAAAACAUAGAAGGGAAAAUCGUUGAAACCCGUCAACAGUCCAAUGAGCUUCAUAGACGCGCUACCGAUUGCACAGCUGAGAAUCUCCUACAUCGCUUGGAGGAGGAAGUGAAGGUGAACCAAUACCUUGCUACAGACAAGCAGCCAAAGGAAAUAGAAACUACAAAAAUAUACGUGGAAGACCUUGCGAGGGUGGCAAAUCAUCCAGCCAUGACUCAUGCCUUUCUCGAUCAGCUUAAUCAGAAACUUCGGGAUGCUCAGUCGGAGACCAACCGUCUGGUGGAGAAGCGCAUGGUGGCGAUGGAUCCACUGGAGGAUAAGACGAGUCUCUUUCGCCAGCAGGCUAACAUCGCGGCAAACCGAAAGGAAGCAACGGCUUCAGCGUUGGCGGAAGCCCGAGAUAAGCACCAAGCCAUAGCUAAGCAGCUCGCCGAGAUGCGAGAAAAGCAUGUCCAGGCACUUCGGAAGGUGUGCUGCAUGGACUCUGCUGGUGUCGCCACUACCAGUACAUCGUUGCUUUCUGAUAGCGUUAAUUUCAUGACUUCUCGUCAAUUCAAUGCCGAGGAUUUCCAGAACUAUGUAUCAGAACUACGCACAAAGAAUAUCGCCUACAAGGAGAAAAGGGCGUUGCUCAAUAAUCUAAAAGCCGAAAGGGGCAUUUUAACGAGAACGUUGGAUAUCCUCAAAGACGUCACAAGACAGGCCAAAAAAAGGCUGGACGCCGCUGAGGCAAUACAGGGGAUGAGCGGUUAUUGGGACACAAUGGCAAAGCUAGAAAAGGUGUCAGAAGAGACGGCGGAUUUGAAUCAGCGCAAGGGGAGCGUUUUGGAGGAGAUGGCUUGUCUGGUGGGUCGACUUAACCAGCAAAUAAACGCACGCCGAGACAAACUGGCCCCCCUCAUCCGCGAGCUGAGGCCCCUACGCACUAAGGCGCAGGAGCUGAGCCAGCUGCAUGCGGAGAAAAAGGCGCAGUAUGAUGCAUUCGUGGCCAGUCGGGACGCGCAGACGUUACUUCUGGAGCAGGAAGUGCGCGUACUACGCGAGGAGGCGAGAGUAGAGGAGUCGCGCUUCCACUACCUCAACGCUGCUCUGGCCAUCCUCAAAGUUCAGCAAUUCCGCCUUCAAGAGGAGAUGCGCGGCUACCUCACCUCUAGCAGUGGGGCGGCCAACGGUGACGGGGUGACCAGUCUCACCAUCAAGCGACGCAGCUACCGAGACAUAUACUUGAAGAAAAUAUCAGAGCAGGAGGCACUAACAAUGGCCCUGAAGGAGGAGGAGAAGAAUCUCGACGCAAAUGAGGCGGUGAAUCUGCGACAGAUGAAGUUGUGGAGUGACGUGGUGACCCUCCUUGAGAUCAAGCUAGCCACAUUUCGAGCGAUGGAGGAGAGAAAAGCCGCUGGUGGGGAAUACGCCGACGUGCAGCGCAUGGAGGUCGAUAGACUUUUGCUUUAA